AUGGAUUUUGCAUGUGAAUUAAAUAUUCCAUUAUUAACAACACGUCAUGCUGAAAUUGUUUACAAUACUGUUCGUAUUGAUAGAGAACCGAAGAAAAAUGUUCAACGUAUUGAAAAAUUAAAUAAUAAUGUUCUUAAUGUUCGAUUUGAAGCUGAAGAAGCCAAAUUUAUUCGUGUAGCUGUUGAAAGUUAUCUUGAAAAGAUUAAUUCAAUACUUCGUACAAUUCAACGUUUUGAUCCAAAUCUUUGA